AAACGACGGUAACUAACAAUGGUUUUGGUGGUGAUGAGAUCGGCAACAUUUCAAAAUUCUCAGCAACUUUAAACUCUUUAGUAUAUAUAUAGAUUGACGUACCCUGCAAGCUGCUUGUUGAACAAUACUUUCUUAAUUACAAUGCCCUAUGUUUUCUCGGCUUGGGGCACAAGUGUUGUGUUGGGGAAGAUCAAAUAUCUCACGUGUCACAGUGUACAUUUUUAAAUAUACUUAUAUAUCUGCUUAGCUAGAUUUGUUUGACUCUAGAAAAAGAUUUGGUUAUCGCCGGAUAAUUCUUCACCCAAAAAUUUCAUAAUGCCUAGACGCAGACAUGAAGAUGCAAGAUCAUCAUCCUCAUCCUCAUCCUCAUCCCGUAGCUCGCCCUCGCCGCGUCGGACUGAAAGAAGAUCUUCCUCUAGUAGUAGCCCUCGUCCAGCAGCUUCACGCAGCCGAUCUCGUGACACUUCUGGCAGCAGCAGAUCUUCUCCUCGCCCUUCACCUCGACCUCGACCUCGACCUGCACCUUCAUCAGCAUCUUCUACUGCUCGCUCUUCACCUCAACCUCGACCUGCACCUGUAGCAGCCUCUGCUCCUCGCUCUUCACCUAAACCUCGACCUGCACCUGCAUCUACAUCUGUAUCAUCCUCUGCUCCUCCACCUGCACCUGCACGCAGUUCAUCUUCUCAUACUGAAAGAUCUACUACGCCCACGUAUAGUUCUAGUAGAGAUGGUGAUUCACACAGAGCAAAAAGCGAUAAAGAUGAAUAUUCUCUGUUUCAUAGCAUACUUCGAAGUAUGCGUAGGGUUAGUAGCGAUCGGGCUAGUCGCAAUGAUCGGGCGAGUAGCAGUGAUCGGGAUAGAGCUACUAGCCAUGGUGAAACUCAGUUUAGGAACACGGUUCAAACUCUAUUGUGUCCAGCACCCCGAGUGGUCUCUAACCCUUUGCCAGCUGCCAUUAGUCCAUGUGAUACUCAGAGCAAAGCUUUCCAAAAUUGCCUCCACGAGUAUGAAGCAGACAUCAGUAAGUGUCAGUUCUACAUGAGCACAUUGUCUCAAUGCAAGAAGAAUUCUGAUUUCAAGUUGUACGAUGUGGCUGGCGAUGAUCCGGCUAGUAGCGUCAAAGAAUCUCGGUUUCUAAUCUUUGCUAGAGCUGUGUUGUGCCCACGAGGAACCGAGUUGGUCUCCCAGGCUGCCUCUAUAGCCCCUGUUGCAGCUCCCGUAGCAGUUCCCAUUAAUUCAUGUGACACUCAAGACAAAACUUUCCAAAAUUGCCUCCACGAAUUUGGAACAGACAUCAGUAAGUGCCAGCUUUACAUGAACAUGUUGUCUCGGUGCAAGAAGAAUUCUGAUUCCUAGUUGAAGGCUUAAUUUAUUUUUUCUUUCCCGUUAGUCAUUGUUACUUAUUUUUAAUCAAAUAGUUCUUGAAGUUUGUCAUCAAAGUGACUCUGGGUUUUUAUCAUAAUCAGAAGAUGGAUUCUGCCGUGGUUUUUUAGUA